CGGCAGCGGCCGAGGAUGGAGGCCGUCGGUAUGGAUUAUUUCUGCGAGCAGGUCCAGCAGAAGGACGUGGGCCGCAGGAUGCAGGUCGGCCAGGAGCUGCUGGAGUACCUGAGCGACCCGGCCAGGUCAGCCGACCUGGAGCAGGACCAGCAACGCCUGGACAAAGUGAUCGACGAAUUAACAGCGUGGGUCAACUCCAGCAAUUUUAAGGUAGCGUUACUGGGAUUAGAAGUUUUAGGUGCCUUUGUUGACAGACUAUCAGGACGCUUUAAAUCCUAUAUAGGAACCGUUCUUAUGCCUUUGAUAGAUCGUAUGGGAGAUGCCAAAGACCAAGUUCGAGAGCAAGCACAGAGUCUUAUAUUGAAAUUGAUGGACGAAGCUGCACCGCCCAUG